GCGGGAGGCUGCCGUAUGCUUUGUGCCGCUCCUCACCUCUGUAGUCCGCACUGGGGGGAAGGGGGUCUGCUUUGAACGUUGGCCUUAGGUUUUGUUUCAGGCUCCAUCACCUACUGUCUGUGCUUCUCCCCUUCCCGCAGGAUCUGCUGCUGGCAGCGGCGUUUGUCUCCGAUGCGCAGUACAACAGAAACAUUCCUUUUAAGACCUCCCCGGAGGCAGUCAGGCUUUAUUAUCUCUAUAACCACUGGAUUAUGCGAACCGCCACCUACUUCUUCAUUUUUCUCAACCUGUCCCUUGCAAUGUUUGAAGAACCUGCUGUAUAUCCGCUCCCCUUCCUGGUCACCUCUGUGGUUGAGGUGUUGUGCCUUGUGGUGUUCUUUGGCCGACUGACACAUUUUGCAAAAGUCACCCUUCGCAAUGUGUUCUGGAAGGAUACCAAGAAUAUCUGCAUCAUGGUUGCAAUCCUGUUAUCCCUAACAGACUUGGCCAUAUAUGGGGUCCUCAGGAUGUAUGAUGUGAGGAGCAUUCGAUGGUCAAGAAUUGUGAGGCCCAUCUUCCUGAUCAACUUUGCAGAGAGUCGCCAGAUUCGAAGAGCCUUCCGCAGCAUCCGCAACACACUGCCAGAGAUCACCUAUGUCUUCUUGCUCUUCAUGUUUAGCCUUCUUAUGUUCUCCCUCAUGGCCUUGAAGCUGUUUGGUGAGAGGAAUCUUCAGACAGCAGAAGGCUUGCCAUAUUUCAGAAACUACUUAGAAAUUGUCUUUGACCUCUAUGUGCUGGUGACGACAGCGAACAGCCCGGAUGUUAUGAUGCCGGCAUUUGACUUCAGCUCAUGGUAUGCCCUGUUUUUCAUUGCCUUUGUCAUCAUCAACACUUAUAUCUUCAUGUCUCUCUUCCUGGCUGUUGUGUACAACAACUACAAAAAACACCUGAAGAACGAGAUCCGUAAGCUUGCUUACAUGAAGCACUGCAAGAUGAUAGAGGCCUUCAACAUCCUGAAGGAAGAGGAAGGAGCGCAGUUUGUGGUUAGAGAGGCCCAGUGGAAGCAGCUUGUCAAGCUAGUGGCUCCUGAUAUCAGCAACUCCCACCGAGAGCUGCUGCUACGCAUCUCGGAUGACGAGCAGAAGGGUUUCAUAGACAAGAAGUCAUUUGUACAGCUGGCAGAUCUCCUCAACAUCCAGGUGAUUACCCUGAAAAUACGCAGCCAUCCACUGGGGCAAUGGAUGCCUGGUGUAUACAAGUCAGCCCUGAGUCGGUUCCUGCGCAGCAUGGUUAGGCACAGGGGAUUUGUUUGGACUUAUGAUGUGAUCAUUCUAAUAAACGCCAUCUUCAUUGCUCUGGAUGAGGAAACCCCUUAUAUUUCUUAUGCAGAGUGGGUCUUCCUUGCUUUGUAUAUAAUUGAGAUACUCCUGAAAGUGUACACUUAUGAACCAAGGGCGUUCUUUGGCAAAAAUCAGUUCUGGAACUGGUUUGAUACUCUCAUCAUCUUUGCUGCCUUGACUGCAACGAUACUCAAUACCACCCUGAGAUCGACCACGAAGUACAACAGCCAACAGAUCCUGGACAUUGUCUUUAUCUUAAGGGUCCUCAGGCUAAUAAGGAUUGUUGACAGCAUUCAAAGGUUCCGGGUCAUCAUGAACACACUGAUAAACAUCGUACCAACAAUGCUGACAUUUGGUGGGCUGACUCUGGUUGUGUACUGUGUAUUUGCUAUUAUUGGCAUGGAGUUAUUCCAUGGGAAAAUCCAGUUCUUCCCUGCAAACUCAAAUGCUCCUCAUUCCCUGGAAUGCGGAAACGCAGCUCUCAAGGAUUCUCUGUUUGCCCGUGCCAAAUACUGCAAGAACAACUUCAACAACUUUGCCUCUUCCUUCAUUGUCCUGAUGGAGCUCACUGUAGUCAAUCAGUGGCAUGUUUUUGCCAAUGGAUUUGCCAAUGUGACGGUUCAGCCUGCGAAGCUGUAUUUCAUUGCCUUCCACAUUGUGAUGGUGAUAAUUAUUGUCAAUAUCUUUGUGUCGUUCAUUUUGGAAGCUUUCUUUGUGGAGUACUCUCUUGAGAAGAGUGAAGUAGAAACAGCCAUUGAACGGAAAAUCCAGGAGCUGGGAAUGGGAGUUCAAGAGGAUGAGCUCCAAGAUGAACAUCUCAUUGAUAACAUGGAGAGUGCUGAGCAUGACCUUGAGGGGGAAGGUGGAACAAAGCCACAGUCUAAAGGGCUGAUGUUUAAAAUUGCCUCCAAACCUUCUUUUCCUGUCUUCUAUCUCAUCUUCUGUGCAUGCUUGUCUUCAAUUCAGUAGCCAGUCUGUGAAGAUACCUUGGUGGCUGAGGUCCUGCUGUUGCCAAGAAGUCUGUCAUCUUUUCUCCUGCCUAUAUGCACUGCAAGUUCCUCCUGGUUUGGAUCACAGGGUGACUAUAUGCUCCUUUACUCUAGCUUGGUAACUUUUUUUUUCUCCUGCUGGCUUUCUUGCUGUUCCUUAGCUAUUUACCAAGCUCAUGCUUCUUGGCGCAACUGAUUGGGAUCAUAAAUCUGGGAAUGGAAGUGCUUAAAAUACUAAAAUAAUGCUCUUACCCUUUACAAGCAUUCACAGUGCUUAAAAGUAUAUGGGGUAAAAUACUAGGGAACAUCGCUUGGGGCAUUUGUUUUCUUGCCUGUUUAGUGUAGAACAUGAGGAGCAGCCUUUGAGUAAGGGUUGCCUCAAGGUAGCCACUACUUAAUUUCUGUUGAAGAGUAGAAUGGAUGCUUACAGUGAUUGUUUGGGGUUGUUUGGUUUGUGUUUGGUUUUUUUUGUGUUUUGUUUUUUUUUUUUGCC